AUUCCGGCGAAGGCUGCGAAGAGGAGAAGCGCAAGUCCGGCGGCUGCAGAGCCCGAAGCAGCCCGCCCAGCCUUUUCCCCUCCGGAAUCUUGCGGCUCUUGAGAACAGACCCGAGAAUCCACCACCCGCAAGCAGACCCGAGAAUCCACUCGGCGUUGGAACCGCCUUUCUUUCUCCCCUUGCCUGGAUGAGACAGGGGGCGCCGUCUGCGCCAGUCCGAGGGGGGACCGCCGCUGCCACUCACCCGGAUCGCACUUUGCUUCUUCGCCCCCUUCCUUGAACCUCGUCGCCGGGUUUCCUUCCCCCUCCCCCCCACCGCCAGCAAGGAAAUGGCCACGAAAAUCGACAAAGAGGCGUGCAGAGAAGCCUAUAACCUUGUCAGGGACGACAGCACAGAUGUGAACUGGGUGACGUUUAAGUACGAAGGAGCCACGAUAGUGCCUGGUCACAGCGGAGUCGACUACGAGGAGUUCACACUGGAAUGCACAGAUGAUAUCCGGUUGUUUGGGUUUGUCCGAUUUACUACCGGGGACGCCAUGAGCAAGCGGGUCAAGUUUGCCCUGAUCACUUGGAUCGGGGAGAGCGUCAGCGGCCUGCAGAGAGCCAAAACAGGCACCGACAAGACUUUGGUUAAAGAAGUAGUGCAGAAUUUUGCCAAAGAGUUUGUGAUCAGCGACCGCAAGGAACUGGACGAAGACUACAUCAAGGGCGAGCUGAAGAAAGCCGGGGGCGCGAAUUACGACGCGCAGGUGGAGUGAGCCCACUCUGCCUUCCUGGUGCCACGGCCCGGAUCAGGAAGGGGGAAGGAAGCACAACAGAUCUUCAAAAUAAAAAAAAAAAACAGAGAGAGAAGCCAAGGCGAGCGGGAGGAAGCGCCCAGUGAAGCACUUUCGAAGCCCCUUCCUACCUUCCCAAACAGACCUUGACUUCUCGUUGCAACCAGUGAAUCAUCUCUUUUGCCUUUGAUCGCUCCUUUUCACCCCCACUUCCCCCCUCUCCCCAAUCUGUCUCUUUUAACAAACGUUGCACAGCUUUUUAGGCACGGGUGGCCCAGUUCUCUCAAAGUUCUGUUCUCGUGGUUUGCUCUGAACUUGCUGGAUCCUUUCUUGCUCUCAUCUUAAAGUUUUAAGAGAGCGAACGGGAGCUUCGCGCAGAGGCUUCUGAUGGUAGAAGCCCAUCCAGAAAUUAUGAAUGCAGAAUUAGUCAGCUGCAAUCUGAUCUUUACAGACUUUUAUUACAAAGCAAAUGCCACUGGGGUGGGGUGGGGGAGGCUGAGUCCCAAACAUAUUUUGCACAACACUGCACCCCUGCAUCCCAGCUCUGAACCCGGUCAUUCGGGCCCGAUCCCCUGCUGAAUUUGGCGGGAUCCAUUCUCAAGAAAGCUUGCGGAGAAUUGGAGUCUUAGCCGUGGGCUGUACGAUCUGGGAUGCCCCAGUGUUUGCUGAGGCUUAAACUCAUUGCUCCAGUGUAGAAGGCGCGCUUGCGCAAGAGAUUUCUGGUGCUAUCCUUUGCUUUUAGUCCAGCCUAAACCCCUGGAAAGUGUUGGGUUUCGACUGGAAUAAUUGUCCCUGGGAUGGAACUGUUAGUCAAUAGCCUAUAGCUUUGCAGCUGCGGUUACUCCGGUAUAGCGUUGCCAGUUCCAGGCUGAGAAACACCUGGAGAUUUUGGGGGUGAUUUUGGGGACGUCAGAAUUUGGAGAGGGGACGGACUUCAGUGAGCCGCAAGGUCAUAGAGUCCAUCUUCCCGAUCAGCCCUUUUCUCCAGGGGACCUGAUGUCUGUCGCCUGGGGAUCUGUUGUAAUCUCAGGCGAUCUCCAGCUGCCACCAGGAGGCUGGCAACCCUACCAGUAUGGGAUUUUGCUGUCUGUUUGUUGGUUCCGUGGGGGCGAUUUUUGAUUUGAGAACGUGCAUCGUUUUGUUUGGUGGCCCAAGCCGAUUCUCGCCGAAAUCGGACACGAGUUUCGGUAUCCGGCAGGGACGGUGUCGAUUGGUUGAGAGGCAGUAACCUGUGUUUCAGUUCUCGAAGAAACAGGGAGGAAUAUAAUUUGCCUUAACAAAACUGCUUGGCCGUGUGCUUUGUGUUCCCCCUCUCCUAAAGGAAGGGUCUUUUUUUUCCGUUGUUUUUUCUUUGAUUUGUCUUUUUUAAAAAGGUUGCUAUAACAACAGUAAAACAGGGGACGGGAAGCCAAAUCUCAGAUGACUUGAUUGUGCUAUUUUGUACUGGUGGUUUGUUUGUUUGUUUUUUUAAAUCUCUGCAUUUGUGUCUUGAAUAUUGUAGCGUAUGAAAUCUUUACCGCACAGGAGUCUCCAGAGAAAUUCAGUGGCAUGAUAGCGUCGCUGCCCACUCUGGGAGAUGCUGGCUCUGAGUGAACUCCCGUUGUUUCCACGGGGCUUGCAUGGAAGUACAGAUAGAAAAAGCUGAAAUAAACACGGCAUAGCUGUUGCGAAUAAUUGCUAAGCGAAUUUCUUUCGUGCAACACUCUUAUAUUAUUUACUUAAAUUCCACAAACCAAAAUCCUUGCUAAUGUCCAUAAAUGAAGCACAGUUCAAAAUAGAGAUCCGACUCUAGAUGCUGUAAAGAAAAGGUACCAAAGUCUACUGUCUGUAAUCCUCUUGUUGAUAGAUGCAGACAGUACUAAUAAAUGUGCUACUUCUUCCUUAGGCAGCAGUCCUCAGUCCAACAGGUGCAGCUACGCGAGCCCUAGGUUCAACCCGUGUUUCAUUUGCCACUUCCACUGGCCACAUUUCUUCUAUUCUGGAACCCGUGCUAAGGCAAUAGCUCACAUAACAUAUUGUGACUCAUUAAUUUGCAUGAAUGAUUCGUGGAAUUUAAGUAAAUAAUAUAUGAGUAUUGCAUGAAAAAAAAUUGCUUCACAAUUAUUUGCAACAUACAGUUACGCGGUGUUUAUUUCAGUUUUUACUUAUCAGUGCCCUGCGGUUUCUGGUUUGCCUAACCUCCGUUUUGGAAGCACAUAUAAGCAGGCCUUUUUUUGUAGCAGGAACCCCUUUGCGUAUCAGGCCACACACCCCGAUGUAGCCAAUCCUCCUGGAGCUUACAUUAGGUCCUGUAAGAAGAGCCCGGUAAGCUUUCGGAGGAUUGACUACAUAAGAGGGGUAUGGCCUAAUAUGCAAAGGAGUUCCUGCUACAAAAAAAAGCCCUGCAUAUAAGCCAAAUAGAAAAGGGGCGUCCCUUUAUCCAUCCUUUGGAAAAUCAAAUCUGACAUUGGAGGGUAUGUCUACUCCGCAAAUUUAAACCAGUUUCAAACCCAUUUGGUGGCCAAGUCCCUCAAAUAGGGUCUGGAACUGCCAUUCUCCAUUAUGGUGGGUGCUAUCUGUCAAAAUUCCUGGCCCUUUUAGAAACCCUGGGCAACUUCCACACUUCCAAACUGGUUUAAAUUUUAGGCAUAGAUGUUUCCUGAAGUUUGAGAGUCUCCUCUUUUUUUAAAAUAAAAUAAAAUAAAAUCUGUGACCCCCAAAAGUAGGGACCGAACGGGGUUUUGAAUUGACUGUAGUCACCUGAUCGUUGGCAGAAGUUAAAAAAAAAAAUAACAUAGCUGGUUUUCUAAAGUUGCAACUGGAAUACUUUUUAUGCUUUACAGACCCCUCUCCUCAGCUCAUCGAUAAGAAUGUUUAAUUAUCAAUGGGAUUAUGCUUGGGGGGGGGCACUGUACCUUUCGAGUUGGGGGAGACGGUUCUCUCCUGUCAAAUAAAAAGGUUUCUUUUUUUUCUC